AGCAGUCCCCCCCUGUAUAUCAUCCUGGGUGAUAUUUUCAUCCAUCGGGCACUUCGUAACUGGCUGCUCACGUUGGGUAUGCACUUUCCAGACUCACAAGCUCCAACCAUAUAUUUAAUUAGUUCUAUAUAUUUUGAAAUGUUUCUGUCUUGCCACGGCACAGGACUGCUCCCAAAUCUUCCUCCAAGGCUCCAGAUGGCCAAACACAGAUCAGCAGUCUGAAACACAUCCUGCCCAGGAAACAGGAGGCUCCGCUUUCUGCUAGAGGCCAAUGGUCCACGUGGCCAGCAUUUGCAUCCACACAGACCGUCCGAAGGGACCACAAGCCCUGCUGCACCCCGGAGGAGAGGCACCCGAGCCCUACAGAGAGAUCUUCGAAUUCUUCAUAGACAACUUCAAGACCUAUAAGCCCUUGCUGUCAGCUAUAAAGAACGAAUAUGAAGUUACUUUGGCUCAUCAGAAGAGGACAAUCCGUGCCCUACAGCCCCUGAAGGCUACAGUCACAACCAUCUCCGAGGAGUGCACCCGGCAGAUGCUGGCACUGCAGGAAAAGGAGAAAGAUGAAAUAAAUAAGUUAAAGCAAGAGAAUCGGCGUUUGCUGAAGUUCAUUGACAACAUGAAGGAAGAAAAGAAUUCUCUCCAGACUCAGGUGGAACAUCUGCGGACAAGUGUAGCCGAGGAGUAUGCUCGCUAUCUCAACGAGCACAGUGCCCACAAACUGCUGCUAGCAAAGCUGAAUGAGAUCCAUAAUGAGCGGCUGGACAUGGCACGGCACCAGCUCCAAGACAUCAAGGGUGAAGAUGUGGUGAAGUUAACUUUGGCCUUAAAGAUGGCUCGGCAGGACCUCACAACAUCCCAGGUGAAGCUGAACAAAAUGACAGCAGACUAUGGAGAUGUUGUGCCCAGGAGAGAUUUUGAAUCACUGGAGAACAAAUACUCCGAUUUACUGCGGGAGAUGAAGACUCUGCAGAAGGAUCUCAAUCAGCUCCGUAAGGACCACGAGGCACUGCUGGGAAUCCAGGCGGAGACCACAGAAGAGCAAGACAACCUCCGCGCCGAACUGCAGCGAGUUCAACGCAACCGCACGCCCCGGCCAAACUGGGCCAAGUGUUCAGAGGUGAUUCCCGGUGGAGCGGAGCGGUGGGGCGGGCUGGCCAAGGGGAAGAGCAGCGAUCAGCUGGUGGAUGUGCUUCUGGAAGAAAUUGGAACAAGAAUGCUGCGAGAGAGAGACAUCUUCCCUGGAUGGGGCAAAGGUGACAGGGUGCCUGUGUACCUGAGGCAUGAAGGUGAAGUCAAGAACAAAAAGCUGACCAAGAAGGAUGCCGUGAACAUUCUAAAGGAUGUCUGGAAGGAGAAAAUGGCGCAAGAACAGCAGACGGGCCAGCGAUCCAGCCUUCCCGAGUUCUUUCUCAGCUACCUCCAGAAGAAGCACGGAGCUGCCGCUGCCAUAGAAUGGUCUUACACCCUCUACGAGAACAUGCGACUCUGCCGAUCAAACCACAUCCUGAGCUCAUUCUACGACAUACUCACUGGGAAGGUGGGUGAAGAACAGUACCAUGCCCAGAACCGGCUCGUUUCGAGCUUGCAGAGGGAGCUGGCUGCCUGCGACAUCUCCGACAGCGGAUCCCUGACUGGCGAGCAGUUCAGCACAGCUGUCAGGGAAGCUUUUCCCCUGAAAAGGAAAGAAUCCAUCCAAGAACUCGUGGAUGCAAGCAGGUACAAGCUGGACAGCACUGAAGACCUCAUUGACUACAAGUCCCUAUUCAAAGAGGAUGAGGAGGGGAAUGCUGAGCCGUUGGUUGCAAAGCUCAGGAGCCAGUAUGUCAGGGAGAAGCAGGAGUACCUGGGGCAGCUGAAGGACAAGCUGGGGGAUUUAACAGAGGUGAGCGCAGAUGAUCUGAAGACCGCCUUCUGUACAAUCAAUCCCACCAUCGAUGAUCAGAUGCUGGAUACCUAUGUCGGCCUGGCUUACCAGGUCCGAAGAGGGCAGCCAGAGCAAGAAGUUGUCCCUGUGGAAAUGGCCCUCGAGAGGUUGCUCACGGGAGACGUGAGAAGAGCAGGGCCCUCGCCCCAAGAGGGAAGCACAGCAAGCUUUGAAGGAGAGCAAGGAGACAUCCAGUACACACGGCCCUCUCCAGGGAGGGGAAUAAGGGUUCUGGAAACAAAAACCCGGCAGGAAAGCAGCUCUGCUAUGGCUGUGCCUAAAUUGCAGAGUAAGUGGUGCAAACCCAAGAAGCAAAACCUGUUCUUUCUCUUGUGACGUAAGUUUGAAAAGUAGAAAGAGGAAAGCUGACAUGGGAAGAUGCCUUCCUAGCACAGGCAUCUCACCUUUGUCCUUCCCCAGAGGAAGGCAUCGUGCAAAAGCUGAUUGUGUUUGUAAAGUGGGAGGGCAUCACAGCCUGCGUGAGAGCGAGCACCACCCAGAUGUAUGAGGCCCUGGGGAUUUCUGCCUGGAAUAUUGCACGUGGUGCUGAGCGACUUCAGUACAAAUGGCAAGAUGCCAGGAAAGGGAGGAUAAAAGGAUUGAAAGGGAGAUGCAUUGUCUAGGCUGACCCAAAUGCCUGGGGCAUUCUGGAAGGAGGACUUGUAAAUACAGCAGAAUUCAAUGUAUCUAGAAAGAACAGGGAACUUCAACACAGGGAAGGCAUCUGGUAGAUGCACAUCAGAUUGGCAAAGCUUUUCAAGAAAGCCCUUGCUGGGGAGUACUGGGCUACAGAGAGCAGAAAUCACUCGUUUUGCUUCGCCCCGAGGACUUCAGAUCCCCAACAGUUAACUGUGCGUGGCAGUGCCAGGCACUGCUUGCUUUUGCCCUUCCAGUUUCAUUGCUAGAAUCACAGAAUCAUUUGGGUUGGAAAAGCCCUUUAAGCUCCCCAAGCCCAACUGUUCCCC